CGGCGCGUGCGCAACAGAGUUUUCGAGGAGCAGCAAGCCACCAGCAAGCAGUGAACACCACACCACAAACAGGCAGCCACAACAUGAAGUGCUUUUUGAUCCUGAUAGCGACCAGCCUGGUGCUGAGUGCCCGGGCCCAGGAUGCGGCGGACUCUGACCUGGUUCAGGUGGCUCCGGCAUCGGCGCCGGCAGCGGUGGCAGUGGAGGACCAGGUGAGCGCCGCCAGCAGCUAUGCGCCGCUGGAGGACAAGAAGCAGGAGAAGCGCUAUGUUGGUGGAUACGGUGGCUAUGGAGCAGGCGGAUACGGCGGAUACGGAGGCUAUGGAGCAGGAUACGGCGGCUACGGGGGCUACGGAUCCGGACUGGCAGCGGGUUACGGCGGAGCCUACGGCAGCGGAAUCGGAGUGGACAGCUACUACAAUCCCUAUGGAUCGCGGGCGUUGGGAGGAUUAGGUGAGGAUGGCGCAGCAGUUGCUGGAUACGGUGGCUAUGGAUCCGCUCUCGGUGGCUACGGAUCCGCCUUGGGUGGCUACGGAUCGGGAUUGGGCGGCUACGCCGGCUCCUACAACUCGAAUCCCUACGCCUUAUCCUACUACAACAGCAGAUUGGGAGCAGGGGCAGGCACUGGCUACCCGUACUACAACACCCGCUUCGGCGGGGGCUAUCCAUCGAGCUACUACACAAGUAACUACGGCAACAGCGUGGUGGGCGGAGGAUUGGGCGCCCUCGGAGGAGUGCCGCCCAUUGGAUCCGGGUACAACUACGGUUCCGGCAUCUCGGGAACCGUCUACUAGGCGGAGCUGCGGGAGCAGCCGUCUAGCAAAGCCCAACGUUCAAGAUCUAAGCUAGUGGAAUUUAUUUUUUUUCUUCGAUAUUUUUUUCUAACUUUA